UUGGGUGGAGAAAUGAACAGGCUGGCCUUGCGUGCCCGGCGCGGUGGCAGAGUUGAGGGCGGUUGCGGGAAGGCCCGCCAAGCCUCUAGCAGGACCCUUCCCUGCUGCUGGCCCUUGCGGUCGUUGGGGUUACAGUGCUUGUGUUUGCCCUGAAGAACAUGAACUCCAGGAAAAGAGAUCCUAUCACCUUACAGGACCCUGAUGCCAAGUACCCAUUGCCUUUGAUUGAGAAAGAGAAAAUCAACCACAACACCCGCCGGUUCCGCUUUGGAUUGCCCUCUCCAGAGCAUGUCUUAGGGCUUCCUGUAGGUAACUAUGUCCAUCUCAUGGCCAGAAUUGAUAAUGAUUUCGUGAUCAGGGCAUACACACCUGUCUCAAGUGAUGAUGACAAAGGCUUUGUGGACUUAAUUAUAAAGAUCUACUUCAAAAAUGUACACCCUCAUUAUCCUGAAGGGGGGAAGAUGACUCAGUAUUUGGAGAAAAUGAAAAUUGGGGACACUAUCCUUUUUCGAGGACCAACGGGGCGCCUAUUUUACCAAGGGCAAGGAAACCUUGCAAUCAGACAGUACAAAACGAGCAUACCUGAGAAAAAACUGGUCUGUCACUUGGGAAUGAUUGCUGGGGGCACAGGCAUUACGCCCAUGCUGCAGCUCAUACGCCACAUCACCAAGAACCCCAUGGACAAGACCAGGAUGUCCCUCAUCUUUGCCAACCAGACAGAGGAGGAUAUCUUGAUGAGAAAGGAGCUGGAAGAAAUUGCCAAGACUCACCUAAACCAGUUCAAACUGUGGUACACCCUGGACAGGCCUCCCCUUGGCUGGAAGUACAGCUCAGGCUUUGUGACUGCUGACAUGAUCAAGCAGCACCUCCCACCCCCUGGGAAAACCACACUCAUCCUGGUUUGUGGCCCACCAGCCUUGAUCCAGACAGCGGCUCAUCCCAACCUGGAGAAGCUGGGUUAUACCAAGGAUAUGAUUUUCACCUACUAGUAUCUCCUGUACUCCUAGAAAAUUUCCUGGGACCCUUUCCUCUGUUUCAGAGUGAGUUCAACUUCUCCAUAUUAAACUGGGAUGUUUUUGAAGGUGCAUCUCUAUGCACCCUUGGGCCCCCACACUGGCAUUCCCCUUUUGAAUGUGGGGCCUAAGAAGAAGUGUUCAAGAGGCUGGAGACAAAAUGACUUCUGAGACCUCCUGCCUUGGAGGCUGGAAAGAGCUCUGUUAUGGUUAUCUUUCUCCAUAGUAAAAUAAACUUAAGUAGUCAGCA